AUGCAGUUGUCGGUUGGGAUAAAAUACUGCUUUCAUCCAGAAAACAUGGCCAAGACGAUCAAAAUCAAAGAAGAGGUGGAAGAUUUCAUUGUACAGGAGAUUGUGGAAGAUAGAAAGUGCACAAUAGGACCAAUUGUUAAUCUCGAGAAGUUCUACGAGGCUGAAAAGCUGUUCAACACACAACUGGAUGAUAGUCUGGGCAAAGAAGAUAGAAGAAAGCUAUAUGACAUUGCGAGAUACCACCCUUUCAAGAGGAUGUUUACAGACAAUGGGAAAUUGCAUAUUAAGGACGAUUCAACUGAUAUUUUUGUAUUCACUUUAUUAAAGUAUGACUAUAGUGAUCAUUCAGCUCAAAAUCUCUUAUCUAAACGACUUAACAUUCCACUGGCAUGCAUUCAAACAGGAGGAACAAAAGAUAAGCGUGCGAUCACGCUGCAAGAAGUAAGUGUAAAAUGCUCAUUUGAAGCACUGUUCAAUUAUGCGCUUUCAUUGUCUAAAAAUUCAAAAAUAAAGUUUAAAGACCUGGGAUACUGUGCCGAGCUUGAAAAUCUUAAUGCCACAGCAGCCCAUGCUUUUAAUAAUUACAUGAGAAUAGAGACACUGAGUUUUCAAGAAGAAAUAGGCAUUUAUAACAUUAGAAGGGGCAGCUCCAAGAAAUUAGGAGAUCUUUCAGGUAAUUAUUUUACGAUCAAAGUUAGAAAUUUUUUCACUGAUUCGCCAGUCUCAACCAAGUUUUAUAAUUAUUUUGGGCCACAGAGAUUUGGCAAUAAUAGAAACAACCAUAUUAUUGGAGAGAAAAUCCUGAAUGGACAGUAUGAGGAGGCCAUAGAAUUGAUAUUAAAAGAUGACGCUGGCUCCGAAACAAAUCCGGGUACAAUCAAGAAGUUUAUACAAAAUAUGAUCGAAAACUAUAAAAAGCCGAAAUACAUUGUUGAACAUCUUUCUAGACGAUCAUUGAUGAUUUACCUACAUGCCUACCAGAGCUAUAUAUUCAAUAUGAGCAUAAACUCUAGGGUUGAGGCUAAUAAACCCGAUAUGGAGUGUGAUAGAGUUUUGAAAGAUGGAGAAUUCGUAGAUGCAACUGGAAAUGAAAGCCUAGAAGAAGUAUAUAUUCCUCUGAAAAAAAUGAACCACAAGUUAUUAAAGGGAGGGAUGAGAAAGAUGAUCGAAAAAAUCAGCGACUUUGAAAAGUCAGUUGAUGACGAGGGCACAGUGUUUAAAUUUUUCCUACUAAAAUCUUGCUACGCCACUGUAGCCUUGAGAGAAAUUGCUCAAAUCAUUGAGGACGAUUCUAAACAGAACUCAUAA